AUGUUGAUGAUGGAGGACGACGAAUUGGCUCAUCAGGUUGAUAUCGAUUCGGAUUUCGAGCCGCAAAGCCGGUCUCGCUCGUGCACUUGGCCACUGCCUUGUCCGGAGGAUUUCCCCGAAGUACAGGAGGUCAAUGGGGGUCUUCCACUGACCACCAUCAAGGUGGAACCAGAUGACAAUCUAGCCGUUUCAGCUUGCAGAGCGGGGAGAAUGGGUGGCACUCCGACGGAGCUGAAGCAUCCAGCAGUCGCCCCGGCUCCCAUCCGGGCGACGCAUCCAUGCUUGGCCAGCGCGGCUCUUGAUGUGACUGGACAAUCGCGCAAAGCCAAAUCCUCGCGGCGGAACGCAUGGGGUAACCAGUCGUACGCGGACCUUAUCACACGAGCCAUUGAAAGCACCCCUGAAAAAAGACUCACGCUUUCACAGGUCUAUGAUUGGAUGGUCCGCUAUGUUCCCUAUUUCAAGGAUAAGGGCGACAGUAAUAGUUCAGCUGGAUGGAAGAACUCCAUUCGACACAACCUGUCCCUCCACACGCGCUUCAUCCGGGUGCAGAACGAAGGCACGGGCAAGUCCUCCUGGUGGAUGCUCAACCCUGAGGGGGGCAAGAUGGGCAAGGCCCCUCGCCGGCGAACCGUCUCCAUGGACAACAGCACCAAGUACCUGAAGAGCAAGGGCCGGGUCAGCCGCAAGAGGGUGGGCAGGCCAGGGAUUGGUUCUGGGUCUCAAGUGGGGCUCCAGGCUUCCCCUGAGCAGGGUAGCCCACCGGGGAAGGUUCUCCCAGGCAACGUAGGGGGAGCUGGGGGUGUGGAAGGAGAGUUUGACGCCUGGACGGAGCUCCACUCCCGGGCUAAUUCGUCCACUUCGACCCUGAGCGGGCGAUUGUCGCCCAUCCUGGCCGAGGGCGAGCUGGAGGAGUCAGAGGAAGGCGGGCUGUCCUGCUCGGCCUCGCCCCACCUCUACCCCUCCCCCUCCUCCAGUGCCCGCUCCCCUGCCAUGGGGGCCGCGGGAGGCCACUGUCCACCCGUGGAGCAGCUGCCCCAGCUGGCUAAUCUCACCGGGGCGAUCAGCCUGGAGGAGAGGCUCCUGGAGGAAGGCUACCACCAUCGUCAUCCUCACCUGGCAGCGGGCCACAAACUCCCCCCGGUCUAUCAUUACAACCCUGGGGUUAAAGGUCAGGGGUCGUACUGCGGCGCGGUCUACAGCCAGGCUGGGAUGGGCAUGCUGCGCCACCACUCGCCCAUGCAGACCAUCCAGGAGAAUAAGCCGGCUAGCUUCUGCGGCACCUUGCGGGCCUACUCAGGGACCAACGCCCUGCAGAGCCUGCUGACAGGGGGCCCUGGAGGGCCACAGCAGUACUGUGCCAAGGACAUAAUACUGGGCCAGGAGAGAGAUGCCCACCCAAUGAUGGGGCCCUCCACGAACGGAGUGAGCUCCACCCGUCACAGCCACCACCCCGGACACAACGGACAUGUAGCUCACAGCCACAACAGCCACAACGGAACUCAGAGUCAUAACCUCAACCCUGUGACCAACCACAACCACAGCUCUCUUGGCCACAACCUCAGUCAGAACCACAGCAGCCACACAACGCACACACCGACUCGAUCCCCAGCCCUGGCACCACGCAUCAGCAGUGGCCACCUCCAGCCUUACAGCCACAAAGCCCCCUAUCUUUACAGCCCCCCGUCCCACGCCCACCUCCCCGCUUCCACCACCCUGCCACCCAACCCGGCCGGCAUGCUGGGGAUGCCCCAGGACUCCUGCCACCUGGCCACCGCCCCCCACCCCUUGCACCCCUGCCACAACACUUACCCCAGCCCCCAACACCAGGGAAUGGGCAGUGGACUGUACCACCACCAACGGGGCAUGGUGGGAGGCUGCACAGGAGGCAGCUACCAUGGUAGCUCCUACCACCAGCCUCACCCCCACGAGAGACUACCAGCUGAUCUGGACCUGGAUAUCUUCCACGGGAGCUUGGACUGCGACGUGGAGUCCAUCCUCCUCCACGAUAUCAUGGACUCCGGAGAGGAAAUGGAUUUCAACUUUGACAGCUCCCUGGCGCAGGGGUUGGGCAUGGGGGUGGGCAUGGGGAUGGGGAUGGGGAUGGGCAUGAGUGGACUGGCAGGCCCUCAGCAAGCCCACAACAACCAGAGCUGGGUGCCCGGCUGAGACAUUUCCCAGAGUGCUUCAGGGCAGGCCUCGGAAAAGACUCCACUACAGAGAGUGCUGCAGGCCAGCCCUCACUGCCCCUCAGAUAGAUAGGCUCCACCCCCUCCCCACUAACAUGUUGGGGAGCACUGUGCUUAACUGUGUCAUUCCUGGACUGAAAACAGAGGAGAUGGGACAAACACUCAGUCACUCACUCCCCCAUACCUUUCUAUGUUGUGUUAUAAAAUGCCCCGGUCCUAUGUUGUGUUAUAAAAUCCCCCGGUCCUAUGUUGUGUUAUAAAAUGCCCCGGUCCUAUCCCUCCCUGCCCGGACUCUCUCUGGAGAUUGUAGCUGAUGUCACAUUGGUUUUUCUCACAUCAGCUGUAUACUGUGAUGACAAUCUCAACUGUGUUGUUGCCCAACCCUGUCCCUUUCUCAUCUACUAUCAUGAGACCUGAACUCAC